UGGUGUCGUCCCAAUACAGGUUAUUCCAGGAAGAUUUUUUUUUUAAUUUUUAAUAGCUCAUAUCAAAAUCGGCAGUAGGUCCUCCCAGCUGGAUCGCCAAUGACCUUUGACACAGCCUCCAAUCACUGUAAUAUGUAGGGAUUAAUUAGGACCUGGUGAGCUUGUAAGCCCCUUGAGCAAGAGGCCAGAGCUUGUGUUCAUCCCCAUGGACCCAAGUCCACAGAAAGCUGAGAUUCUUCUCUUUUCUCAUUAUUGCCUGCUUCCUCUUUCUCAUUAAGGGACCUGUGAUUGGAUUUCCCUUCACACCCACCUCUGAGCACUCAGGUGUCCUAUUUUGUUGUGCUCUGAGGCGGAUGCUCCUUUCCUUCCAGGUGUCCGGCCUUUUCCGAGUUGAGGGCAGUUAUGAAACCUGCUCCCCAGAUUCUCUCACCCUGGAGGACGGUGACUUGGUGCAGUUUGUACAGGAGGGAGAAAAUGGACAGUGGUUAGUCAAGAAAUUGGUUUCUGAGAAAAGUGACUGGGUACCCUCCAGUCUCCUUCAUCCUGCAGGGUUAGAUGGUGACCAGCUUCAUAAAAAUAGUAACACAGACACAUAUCCCAGUUCCCGUGACCAAGGGCUAACAGAUUCAGAAAGGAAGGAGAACCUUGUGCAGAGACUAUCGGCUGCACAGAAGGCUGAGAGCUGAGUCUGCCCGCCGCUCUGCCCGCUCAUCUCUUACCUUUGGUUUUGCUUUGGACAUUUGCCUCCCCUUCCCCUUCCCAACCCCACUCUCUUUCUCCUGGACACUG